UUACACAAACCACAAACAUGGAAUCUGGUAUGAUAAACUUGGGAAGCUCUCUAAAAGUACCCUAUGUUCAGGAGUUGGCUAAGGAGAAAUUUGCAUCAGUUCCACCCCGAUACAUACGACCUGAUCCAACCAAAAUUCACGGGGUCUCCACAGAGGAAGUCCCAGUAAUUGACAUGCAAAGGUUGCUUUCUGAUGAAUCAGUGAAUCCAGAGCUUGAAAAGUUGCAUUUUGCCUGCAAAGAAUGGGGCUUCUUCCAGCUGAUUAAUCAUGGAGCGAGCUCUUCAUUAGUGGACAAACUGAAACUAGAGAUGCAAAAGUUUUUCAAUUUGACGAUUGAAGAGAAGAUGAGAUUUGCCCAAGAACCGGGCGAUGUAGAAGGAUAUGGACAGGCCUUUGUUGUAUCGGAGGAACAAAAACUUGACUGGGGUGACAUGUUUUUCAUGGUCACUCUGCCAACUCACUUGAGAAAACCUCAUUUACUUCCCAACCUUCCUCUUCCAUUCAGAUUGUGACAAAUGGGAUUUACAAGAGUGUUGAGCCUCGGGCAACUGUGAAGUUGCACAACGAAAGGCUUUCCAUUGCAACGUUCUUU